UUGAGCCAGGUUUUGAUUUUGGUUGUGAGUAUGUUCAGCGAAAGAUGUGGUUUCACUCGUUGCUUCAUUGUGAUCAGUUUCUUAGUGAUUCUCAUAUGGAUGUGAUUUUUUAUUAUUUGAGAAAGAAGGCUAAGUAUUCUACUGCAACAAACAUGAAGAUCACAACUAGAGAUUGCUAUUUCAAUAGUAGCAUCAGGUCAUUGCAUGAGAAGUAUGUGAGUAUGAAUGAACAAAUGUCUCUUGUUCAUCCCAAGCAUCAAAUUGCUCAUUUCAUAAAGGGUAAACGUCUUCGAUGUGGUACACGUUGGAGUCAGGCUGACCAUGUGUUGUUAUUGGUGCACAUAAAGACUGUUAGUCAUUGGGUUAUGGGUAGGCUUGACAUGAAGUCUAGAAUUAUAUAUUUGUAUAAUUCUCUAAGGACACCGAAGUAUGCGGCUGCUUCUUUGCUUGCUUUGGAACCUUAUUCUGUCAUGUUGCCAUUGUUUUUCUCUUUGCUGGGUGUUUAUGAUGAGCUUCCUUAUACCUUACCAGCAUCUGUGAAUCCUGUUGCACCUUUCCCUAUUGUCAAUGCUGAAGUACUUCCUGAACAAGUGGAUAAUGAUUGUGGUGCGUUUGUUGCUGCUUUCGCUGAGUAUUUCAUUGAGGGAAAGAAUAUUCCAGCUGACUUCGAUGUUGAGGAGUAUCGCCUUAGGCUUUCUGUGUUGCUAUACAAGUUUGGACUUAUGAAACAGAUUGACAAUGUUGAAAGUGAGCCGGAAAGCCCACCUAAAUCUCCAAAGAAGACGAAGGCAAAAGCUAAAGGGAAAGCGGGGGCAAAAGCGAAGUGAUUUGAAUUCAAGAAAAUUACUCUAUGUUUAUCUUUUGUUGUUUAGCUAGGAUAUGAUAUAAUACAUUGAUAUUUUCCUGUA